AUGUCUGUGCUUGCUGAAGGUGGGGAGACUCUACGAACCGAUUACCAUACAAAAUUUGAAUGCGCUCGUCGGGGCCAGCGAUGUGAUAUAUCGGGUCCUUCUUCCGGAGAUAUGACGAGCAUUAUUCAGGAGCAGGAGCGUUUGGAUCGCGAGCGCGAAGAGACUUUGUCGAAAUUGCUUCGUCUAGAUAAGCAACAACGCUUCCUUCGUGGGCGGGCUUCUGAAAUGAUUCGUCGUGGUUUAAAAACAAUGGAUGAGUUGGAUGAUGCAGAGGAGAAGGAAAGAUUGGGUAAGGAGCGUAUAGGGAAGGAGCAGUCAAUUUCUGGGUUGUCAAUGCCUGCUGAAGCUAGUUCUGAUGUGCUGGAUAACUUCAAUCCUUCUUCUUUCCUGAGUCCUUCGGACCCCUUUUCCUUUCAGAAUUCUUCGGGUCCUUUUUGGGGAGAUCCGGAUAGCGUUGGUGAAAUGCCUCCAACUUCUCAGGGCAGCUGA